CCGGCGCGACCACUAUGGUGCAGGCCUGGUACAUGGACGAGAGCCCCGACGAUCCCAGGCGGCCCCAUCGUCCUGAACCCGGCCGCCCGGUGGGCCUGGAGCAGCUGCGCCGGCUCGGGGUGCUCUACUGGAAGCUGGAUGCUGACAAAUACGAGAAUGAUCCAGAAUUAGAAAAGAUUCGCAGAGAGAGAAACUACUCCUGGAUGGACAUAAUAACCAUAACCAAAGAUAAACUGCCGAACUAUGAAGAAAAGAUUAAGAUGUUUUACGAGGAGCACUUACACUUGGACGAUGAGAUCCGCUACAUCCUGGACGGCAGCGGGUACUUCGACGUACGCGACGCAGAGGACAAAUGGAUCCGGAUCCACAUGGAGAAAGGGGACAUGAUCACGCUCCCCGCGGGGAUCUAUCACCGCUUCACAGUGGACGAGCAGAACUACGUGAAGGCCAUGAGGCUGUUUGUGGGAGACCCAGUGUGGACGGCGUACAACCGGCCAGCUGACCAUUUCGAUGCCCGGGAACAGUACGUGAAAUUUCUGACACAGACGGCAUAGUGUUGCUCCCUGGAAACUGACAUGUGCCUUGUGAAGGUCCCGAACAUGGUUUAACUGAUGGAAAAUAAAUCAUUUUCUCUAACUUUUGUAUGGCAGACUUGAGGUUAAAUUACCUUUCCUGUACAAGAUUAUUUGAUCAGAAUAUUGUUUAAUGAAAGGAGCUAGAACUGAUUUUUACAUAGGAGCAUCUUGGAAAUGUGAACAGGCCCCUGUAUUUUUUCUUAGUUGAUAGAGACUCGCAGUCCAGUAGCCCCACAUUGUGCGAGUGAAGCUUUCGUCUAAAUGCAGGUGAGCAUUCCACCUCCCGACACUCAGCUCCGCAGACUCUGUUCUGGGUGUGAUGCCGCCAUGCUUCCUUUGUAUGCAGGUGUCAUAAUGGAUAGAUAACCCAGCUAACCAGACAAGACACUUUCUCCUCCCAAAACUACACCUUGCGGUGGAGAAAGGUGUGGGAAGAGCGCACGUGACAGCACACUCUGAGUUGCUUGCCACUUCCUUGUCAGAAUAAAGGACCCACCUUGAUUGGAGCCUGUGCCUUAUGUUUAGGUGUUUGUGGCAUUUUGCGUGGUCCAAACCACCCCCUUUAGAGUCUCUGUAAGAUUGUGGUGUAUGUUCAUAAUUAAUUUAUAUAUGUUCUGUGUUAGUAUUGUUUCCGUGUGAGGUUUAUAGGUUAUUUUGAAAUCUAGCUUUUGAAUUUUAACAAGAUUUGGUACAUUAUUUUUUUCCUUAACAAUUCUGAGAUACAGUUAUGCCUAGUUUAUAUAAUCUUAUAAAAACCCAAAGUUGCCUUUAUGUUUUACAAGGGCAAGAUGAUUCCUAAGCUCUGGGGGGGUCUGUUUCCCACUGCACAGAGGAAACUCAAGCCUGAGAUGUUUAAGUAAACUGUGUGUUAGCUUUAGGAUUAAAAUGUAUGUAGGGAGCGUGAUAAUAUCACAGAUAUCCCAGGGCCGGCUUCUGUCAAGUAUUGUUCUAUUUCAAUAAUUAAAAUGUGUGCUGAUCUA